AUGAAUUUUGCGAAAGAUAAAACGAAUCAAAUUCAAGAUGUCGUCGAUAAGGAUAAACCACACCGUCAACAAUGUGUUCAUCGACGAAAUCGUUUCAUUCGAGAACCAUUCGAUAUUGACGAUCUCCUUGGUUUCGAUAAGGAGAACACCUUUGAGGAUUUCGAGAUACGUUUCGCAGCAUCGGCACGUGAUAAGCGGCCAGCCGCUGGAAAACAAGCGAGCAGUCCGAAAAAGAAACGGAGGGUUGAACAUAAGAAAAUUUGGAUCAGUGAACUUCAGGUAAAUAAUCUCAGAUCACUUAUAACAGUUCUUGAUGAAAUCAACUUCUUCAAUAUAAAAUCAACGCCGGCUUGCCUGGUUGGGCUCUAG